UACUCUUUUGACUUUACUUCUUCUCUUCUCUCCGACCAUUUCUCAUUUCUCAGUCGCACAAAAACAAUAUCAAACAAAGAAAAGAACCCGACGCCCCCACAGACGACGUCGUAUUCCGUUGCAUGCCCUCACCUUCUCUUCUCCUUCUUCUUCCUCUUCUUCUUCCCUUUCCCUCUUUCCUCCCCAAAAUCCUAACCCUAAACACGAAACCCGUGAUGAAGGACCGGCCUCCUUCCUCAUACGGCGCCGUUUACGUCCCUCCCCACCACCGCCUCCGUUCCGUCAUUACCUGCCAGAACUACACCUCAUCAGCUUCCUUUGACGCUAAUCCCAAGAAUCCUAUAACCGUUGCCGGUUUUCCGCCGCCGCAGCAGCAGCAGGAGGACCGGGACCGCUUCCCGAGGCAGAACUCGCCCUACAUUUCCGCCUACGACGAUGCCAUCACCGAGGAAGGUUCUGAUCGCGACUUCGACUUGUCUUCGCAUCCGGGUGCUGGUCCCUCUGAUAACAUCGAGCAGUGGAAAAGGAAAUUAACAAUGCUUUCACGGGACAAGGAUAAGCAAGAGUUGAUUUCCAGGGAGAAAAAGGAUAGACUUGACUUUGAUCAGAUAGCCAUUUUGGCGAGCAGAAUGGGGUUAUAUAGCCAUCUGUAUGCAAAAGUUGUUGUUGUCAGUAAGGUCCCACUUCCAAACUAUAGAUUCGAUCUGGAUGAUAGGCGCCCACAGAGGGAGGUGACCUUGCCUCUUGGCUUGCUAAGGAGGGUUGAGGCGCAUGUUUCUGAGUUCUCAUCUCAAAAGUCUAGGACUAACCAAAGCUUUUCGGAUGUUUCCUUUUCAAGAUCAAGUAGUAUUUGUAGUCUUGCCACUGAUGAUGGACUUUUUGAGGCACCUGAGCCACUGGCUUCCACUAAGGUGGUGAUGGAUAGAGUUCAUUGGCGUAGAAGCAUGCAAUUGAGGGAUCAACAACGAUCUUGGCAGGAAUCUUCUGGAGGCCAGGAAAUGCUGGAGUUUCGUAGAAGUCUUCCUGCUUAUAAGGAGAAGGAUGCAGUGUUAUCUGCCAUUUCACAGAAUCAGGUCGUUAUCAUCUCAGGUGAAACUGGUUGUGGCAAGACCACACAAAUUCCACAAUUCAUUUUGGAAUCUGAGAUAGAGUCUCUUCGUGGGGCUGGUUGUAGUAUUAUAUGUACACAGCCUAGAAGGAUAUCUGCUAUGUCUGUAUCUGAAAGAGUUGCUGCUGAGAGAGGCGAAAAUUUGGGUGAAUCGGUUGGAUAUAAGGUUCGUUUAGAAGGUGUAAAAGGAAGGGAUACCCACCUUCUCUUUUGUACCACUGGCAUCUUGUUAAGAAGAUUGCUGGUUGAUAGAAGUUUGAAAGGUGUAAGCCAUGUUAUUGUGGAUGAGAUCCACGAGCGUGGAAUGAAUGAAGAUUUUCUGCUUAUUGUGCUUAAGGAUCUGCUGCCUCGGCGACCGGAACUAAGACUGAUUUUGAUGAGUGCUACCCUAGAUGCGGAGCUCUUUGCAUCGUACUUUGGUAGUUCUCGGGUUAUUCACAUUCCAGGUUUUACAUACCCAGUUCGAACUCAUUUUCUGGAGGAUAUUCUUGAAAUGACGAGUUACAAAUUAACCCCUUACAAUCAAAUUGAUGAUUAUGGUCAAGAAAGAAUGUGGAAGAUGAGCAAGCAAGCACCUAGAAAGAGGAAAAGCCAAAUUGCUUGUGUUGUUGAGGAUGCGCUCAAGGCUGCUGAUUUAAAAGAUUAUAGCCCCCAGACUUGGGAAUCUCUAUCAUGUUGGAAUCCUGAUUCUAUCGGUUUUAAUUUCAUCGAGAAUCUUUUGUGUUAUAUUUGUGAGAAUGAAAGGCCAGGCGCAAUUCUAGUUUUUAUGACUGGGUGGGAUGACAUAAGUUCUCUGAAGGAAAAGCUCCAAGCUCAUCCCAUAUUAGGUGAUUCAACCCAAUUUUUGUUGCUAGCAUGCCAUGGUUCUAUGGCCAGUUCUGAGCAGAGGUUAAUAUUUGACGAGCCUAAAGAUGGGGUGAGGAAAAUUGUACUAGCGACUAACAUUGCUGAGACAAGUAUCACAAUUAAUGAUGUCGUUUUUGUACUCGACUGUGGGAAGGCCAAAGAGACAUCAUACGAUGCACUGAACAAUACUCCUUGUUUGCUUCCUUCCUGGAUAUCCAAGGUUUCUGCUCAGCAAAGAAGAGGAAGAGCUGGUCGUGUUCAACCUGGAGAAUGUUACCAUCUUUACCCUAGAUGUGUGUAUGAUGCUUUUGUGGAGUAUCAAUUGCCUGAAAUUUUGAGGACGCCUUUGCAGUCUCUUUGUCUCCAAAUAAAAAGUUUAAAACUUGGAAGUAUUUCUGAGUUCCUAUCCAGGGCUUUACAGUCACCAGAGUUAUUAGCGGUGCAAAAUGCCAUUGAAUAUUUAAAACUGAUUGCGGCAUUGGAUGAGAAUGAAAAUCUAACUGUUUUAGGACGAUAUAUAACAAUGCUUCCUGUGGAGCCAAAACUCGGAAAGAUGCUCUUAUUAGGUGCCAUAUUAAAUUGCCUGGAUCCAGUACUGACUAUUGUUUCUGGGCUCAGUGUCAGAGAUCCUUUUUUAACACCAUUGGACAAGAAGGAUCUUGCAGAAGCUGCAAAAUCUCAGUUUUCUAGAGACUACAGUGAUCACCUUGCCAUUAUUAGAGCUUAUGAGGGAUGGAAAAAGGCUGAAAGAGACUAUGCUGGUUAUGAUUACUGCUGGAAAAAUUUCCUUUCAGCACAAUCAAUGAAAGCAAUUGAUGCUCUUAGGAAGGAGUUCUUCUCUUUGCUUAGGGAUACUGGUCUGGUUGAUGCCGAUCCCACCAGCUAUAAUGCAUGGGGCUAUGACGAGCAUCUUAUACGAGCAGUUAUUUGCUAUGGUCUAUAUCCUGGAGUUUGCUCCAUUGUGAAUAAUGAGAAGUCAUUUUCACUAAAAACUAUGGAGGAUGGCCAGGUGCUUUUAUACUCGAACUCAGUUAAUUCUCGGGAAGCUAAAAUACCAUACCCAUGGCUAGUUUUUAAUGAGAAGAUAAAAGUGAACUCUGUUUUCCUACGGGAUUCAACAGCUCUCAUCGAUUCAGCACUUCUUCUGUUUGGUGGAAGCAUAUUGAAAGGGGAUACACAUGGACACUUGAAAAUGUUGGGAGGGUAUUUGGAAUUCUUCAUGAAACCUGCUGUAGCGGAUAUGUACAUAGGCUUAAGGAGGGAACUUGACGAUCUAAUUCAGGACAAACUUCUGAAUCCCAGGUUGGACAUAAAUGCCUAUCGUCAGCUCCUAUCUGCAGUACGGUUGCUGAUAUCUGAGGAUCAGUGUGAUGGAAGAUUUGUAUUUGGCCGCCAGGUCCACCUUCAGUCUUCUUCAGAGACCUUCGUUGCUGCCACACAGCCAGCUUUGGUUUCAAGGACUGAAAGCGGACCUGGUGGUGAUAAUUCUAAAAGUCAGCUCCAAACACUGCUCACCCGAGCAGGAUAUGCUGCACCCACAUACAAAACUAAGCAACUCAAGAACAACCAGUUCUUCGCCACAGUGGAGUUCAACGGAAUGCAAAUCAUGGGGCAACCAUGUAGCAACAAAAAGAGUGCUGAAAAAGACGCGGCAGCUGAGGCUCUUCAGUGGCUGAUGGGUGAAAGCCGUACAGGCCACGAGUACAUAAAUCACAUGUCUAUGAGGCUAAAGAAAAGCAAGAAAGAUCAUAACUAAGAGGAACAUAGCCCAUUCUUCUGUAAAAGGUUUUCUCAUCAAGGUUGUUGCUGAGAAUGCCUCCACACUGAGCUUAUACCACAGUCUAACCUUAUAUCUAAAAAAUCGCAAAAAGAUUGGGUGGCUCGCUUGGAAGCGCCAAAUCUGACGUAAA